AUGGAAACACUGCCUCUUCUCCUUACUCUAACAGCUGCCUUCUCUGCUUACUUCCUUUGGUUCCAUCUCCUCGCUCGAACCCUAACCGGUCCAAAAGCAUGGCCUUUUGUCGGUAGUCUCCCGGCUCUAUUCAAAAACCGGAACCAAGUCCACGAUUGGAUCGCUAGCAACCUCCGUGCAACCGGAGGUUCAGCCACCUACCAAACAUGCAUAAUCCCUCUUCCUUUCUUGGCUCACAAGCAAGGGUUCUACACUGUUACAUGCCACCCUAAAAACCUCGAACACAUUCUCAAAACCCGGUUUGAUAAUUACCCCAAAGGGCCCAAAUGGCAGACCGCAUUUGAUGACCUUUUGGGCCAUGGAAUUUUCAAUAGCGACGGCGAUACAUGGCUAAUGCAACGCAAAACCGCUGCUCUUGAAUUCACGACACGGACGCUGAAACAAGCCAUGGCACGGUGGGUGAACCGGUCUAUUAAGUACCGGUUAUGGUAUAUUUUGGAUAAAUCAGUUAAACAUAAUGUCUAUGUGGAUUUACAAGAUCUUUUGUUACGUCUAACGUUUGAUAAUAUUUGUGGACUUACAUUCGGUAAAGAUCCUGAAACUCUUUCUCCUAAAUUACCUGAAAACCCCUUUUCUGUUGCUUUUGACACCGCCACUCAAGCUACCAUGCAGAGGUUCCUCUACCCAGGCUUAAUAUGGAGGUUCCAGAAACUUUUUUGCAUAGGAUCGGAGAAAAUUUUGAAACAGUCUCUCCAAAUAGUUGAAACUUACAUGAACGACGCCAUUUCAGAUCGGAAAGGAGCUCCUUCCGACGACUUAAUGUCGCGUUUCAUGAAGAAACGCGACGUAGAAGGAAAACCAAUCUCUGCCGCCGUGCUACAACGCAUCAUCUUAAACUUCAUCCUCGCCGGAAGAGACACGUCAUCAGUUGCUCUCACCUGGUUCUUCUGGCUCGUCAUCAGCCAUCCUAAAGUCGAGGAGAAGAUAAUCAAGGAGUUAACAACCGUUCUCGAGGAAACUCGCGGCGCGGAACGUGGAAAAUGGACGGAGGAGCCUCUGGAUUUCGGAGAAGCUGAUCGGUUGGUUUAUCUGAAGGCUGCAUUGGCUGAAACGCUGCGGUUGUAUCCCUCUGUGCCGCAGGAUUUCAAACAGGCGGUGGUGGAAGAUGUUUUGCCGGAUGGAACGGUGGUUCCGGCGGGUUCGACGGUGACGUAUUCGAUUUAUUCCGUUGGGAGGAUGGAGAAAAUAUGGGGGGAGGAUUGUUUGGAUUUUAAACCGGAGAGGUGGAUUUCGGUUCGGGGAGACCGGUUCGAACCGCCUAAAGAUGGGUUUAUGUUUGUGGCUUUUAAUGCUGGACCGAGAACUUGUUUGGGUAAGGAUUUGGCUUAUUUGCAGAUGAAAUCUGUGGCUGCGGCGGUUCUGUUACGGUACCGGCUAUCGCUGGUUCCCGGUCACCAAGUGGAGCAGAAGAUGUCUCUCACUUUGUUCAUGAAGAAUGGGCUUAAGGUUUUCUUGCAUCCACGUCAGCUUUGA